GGCGGCGGCGGCGGUUUCGGCGGCGGACACGGCGGCGGACACGGUGGUGGAUACGGAGGUGGCCACGGUGGAUCAUUCGCAGAACACUUGCACGGAGGCUUCGCCGACCACUUGAAGGGCGGCGGCGGACAUGGAGGCGGUCACGGCGGCGGCCACGGCGGUGGCUUCGGAGGUGGUCACGGCGGUGGAUACGGAGGAGGCCAUGGCGGCGGCGGUUUCGGAGGCGGACAUGGUGGACACGAUAGUGGUCAUGGAGGAUUUGACUUAGGCGGCCAUGGUGGUGAUUUUGGCGGCCAUGGUGGUGGUGACUUCGGAGGUCACGGAGGUGGUGACGUGGGUGGCCAUGGAGGCUACGACCUUGGCGGUGGACAUGGCGGUGGUCACGGCGGUGGUUUCGGAGGUGGAUUUGGUGGUGGACAUGGAGGAGAUGACCACUCCAGCGGCCAUGAUGAUCACGGACACGGAGGAGGUUUUGGCGGCGGAUACGGCGGAGGCGGCGGUGGCGGCUUUGGCGGAGGCCAUGGCGAUGGCCACGAAGAACAUCACGAUCAUGAUUCUGGAUUUGGAGGAGGAAUUGGAGGUGGAUUUGGAGGCGGAUUCGGAGGCGGCUUUGGUGGCGGCCAUGAUGAACAUGAUCAUGGCGGUGGUGGCUUCGGAGGUGGCCACGGAGGAUCUGGCGGUGGAUACGACGGCGGCCACGGCGGUGGACACGGAGGUGGAUUCAGUGCCAGUUUCGGUGGAUUUGGAGGAGGCCAUGACGACCACAGCAGUGGCUUUUCCGGAGGCCAUGACAGUUACAGUAGUGGUGGCGGUGGAGGAUACGGCGGCGGUGGUCACGGCUCUGGGUUAGGAAGCUUUGGUGGUCACGGCGGCGGAGGUCACGACAGCUACAGUAUCGGCGGCCACGGAGGCGGCGGCGGCGGGGGCCAUGACAGCUACAGCAUAGGUGGACACGGCGGCGGCGGCGGCGGAGGUGGACACGAUAGCUACUCCAGUAUCAGCUUCGAUUCCUUCGGCGGCGGUGGUGGACACGGCGGUGGCCAUGGAGGAGGUCACGGGGGUGGCGACAGUUACAGUAUAGGAGGAAGCCACGGUUCCCACGGAGGCGGUGGGUUCGGAGGAGGAGACAGCUACAGUGUUGGCUUCGGCGGGCAUGGAUCAGGAGGAGACUACAGCAGCGGAGGCCAUGGUGGCUUUAGCUUAGCUGAUAUUGGAGGAGGGCACGGUGGCGGUCACGGAGGAGGUGACAGCUACACGAACGCCAUAGGAGCCGGCCACGGCGGUGGUCCCUACCACAAACGGAAAUAACAACCUCCGUAGUUUUAAUAAACCUACUAAGUCAUAAUCCUCAAAUGUCCAUGGAUGAAGAAUCCGGUGCUAUAUAGUACAAGUUUAGUAAUUGUAAAUAGGUCUUAGGCUAAGUUAUUGUUGAUUUGUUUAAAUACACGUUAUUUAAUGUUUUUUA